AUGGUGAGACAAACUAAUCCGGUCCCCGUUACGUAUCCAACGGAUGCCUAUAUUCCCACGUACCUUCCCGGUGACAGGGUUUCCAACCUCGCAGAUUUGAAAAAAUUGAUAGAAAUGGAUUCCAGACUGGACCUGUAUCUGACGAGAAGGAGGCUGGACACGUCGAUAAAUUUACCUACAAACACCAAACCCAAUGAUCGUGCUCCCAACAGCGGGACACUGAGGAUUUAUGUCUACAACACCACGGAAAACCAUUCCCGCAACGACUCAGAUUCCCCAGCAGACCCAGGCAAGACUACGUGGACGUUGAGGAUAGAAGGCAAGCUAUUGCACGAAUCCGCAGAGGAGAAACACCCAUUUAGUGGGUUUCUGGAAGGUAUCGCCAUUGAUUUUAAAAAGCUCAAACCGUUGAGCAGGAAAAGAAAACACGAUUCCUUGUUAAGUCUUCCUUUGAGCUUGCAGCAACCCGAUAGCAACGACGCAGACAUCGCCAUGGGUGAUGAAGACACCGGCGAAAACGAAGAAGAGGACGAUGAUGAUGAAUCCAAGGAGGAAAUCGUCGAUGCCCUAGAGUGGAACCAUGAUGAAAACAACACCGUAGAGUUCGACGGUAUCGAUAUCAAGAGACAGGGCAAGGAGAAUCUGAAAUCCAGUAUAACCAUCCAGCUAAAAAGCGUGAACAGCGGUAAAGUGCAGUAUUCGCCCAACUUAGCUAGACUGAUUGGUAUGCGAACCGGCUCGGUCAAGGACGCAGUGUAUUCGAUUUACAAGUACAUUCUGAUCAACAAUUUAUUUGUCACGGAACAAACAAAGUCUCAAGAUAACGCCAACGACGCUGAAAACAACAAUGAAAGCAAUAGCAACAACAGUGACGCCGAUGACGACGACGACGACGACGACGACGACGACGACGAAGGCAGAGAUGCUUCCCAGGAUAAGGCCGAAUUGGGCGAAGUGAGGCUUGAUUCAUUUUUACAAAAAGUACUGAAUACAAAGGCCACACAUGUCCCCCUCAUGAACGUCGUCCAAAGCAUAAACACACUUGUGUCACCGCUACCGCCCAUCAAGCUAGACUACACAAUUGAUGUUACCAAAGAUACCACGUAUGGUGCCACGAUAUUGGACGUGGACGUAUCGCAUAUCCUCCACCAACUUCAACUACAGCCGCAAAUCCCAAAAGGUGAACAAACCGAUGCCGAAGACGCGGCCAAACUACGCGAAAUCACGAAGCUUGCCCUGCAACUGAAUUCCAGUGCUCAGAAAUACCAAUUCUUCCACGAAUUGUCUCUACAUCCAAGAGAAACGCUGACCCACUACCUGUGGUCCUCCAAGCAAAACGAACUGGUGCUGCAGGGCGAUCAGUACUUCAAUGAGGACGCUGCAAGAACCAGCGACAUAUAUAGCAACAGCAACGAUGACAGAGCGCUAAUGGACAACAUUUCAGUGCUUUACUCCCAGGGAAGACUAUAG